AGCAGACAUUAAUAGUCAGCGUGCCCUGAAUUGGCUGGUCUUCACUGUACGUGUUCAGAUGUGUUUUUGGGCAGCUGAAAUCGCACAGGGUGGUCAAUAGUGGAAUUGAUUUGCAUUGCUGAGUGGUGGGCUCAUUGCGUGAAUGGAUUUUGACAGUCCAGAUGUCGAAAAGGACUUCCCUGGACUUUAUGGAUCCGAGCGUCGCGGCAGUGAAGGCAGUGAUUUUACCGACGAUGGUCACGACAAAUUCCUGCGAAAAGAUAUCUUGAUUGGCAAGAAAGGGAAAGAUAAGGACAAGAAAGGCAAGGACAAGGGAUACGCGACACUAGCUGCUGUCAGCACCGAUGACGAAGACGUCGACCAGAAGUGA